GUUUUGUGUGAAUUCGUGUGAUUGGCGAAGAAAAUCAAUUUUUUUUUUUGUGCUCAUUCAUGGCGGUCACAAGAAGAGAAGAAGAAGCUCCAACAUCGAAACCUAAUCCUAAUUCUAUUCCAAUUCCAAAUCCAAACCCUAACCCUAACCCUAAUCCUCCUAGUACAAUCAAAGGAAAAUCGUGUAAGGGAUGCGCAUAUUACUCAUCUGUUCUUAAAGCCAAAUCUAAAAAUCCAACUUGCUAUGGUUUAUCCAGAACGCUACAACAAGUUCCCCCAUAUGUUGUGGGAGAAAGUGAGUUGGAAGCUUCUAAAGAGGGACGCAAGCUUGCAAAUUUCAAGUAUGCUUGUAUUGGAUACUCUAUCUACCUAGACAACAAAGAUGCUUCACCUGACUCGCAAGACAAAACAGCAAAAUUGCCCUUUUGCGUUGGUCUUGAGGUGGUCUCAGAGGUGAAUUCUGCUACUUCACCUGUUGGCCAAGUUCCUCCUCAUGCUCAUAAAACUAACGAACGUGAACAUGCUAUCCGGAAACCUCCAAAUACUUCAGCAGAAGAAUUCUUAAACAGGUUUCAAAAAAAUGCUACCCUUGUGGCAUACGGUGUUGUAAAAAACUUGAACAGAGUGGGUAACUAUGUAAAAGAUACCCUAGACGACAUUCUGUAUCGGCGACCCAAAUGAAGCUGGCCAUUACAAUUUCUUCGCCGACAAGAAAUAAUUUCAAUUCUACACAUUGGCCAUUUUGUCAAUUUAUUAUUUGUUAUCUAUCAGUUUUUGCCACUUACUACUAAGUUAUUAGUGCUGCUUUAUCAAAUGUAUAUUGUGUGAACAAUCAUAAUAAAAUUACAUGACCAUUCCAAAGUUUAUACUAA